UCUCAAGAAUUCAUUCUUUGCAAUUUCUUAUCUGUUUGAUUUUAUACUUUUUCUCUUUUAGUAUUAGUUAUAAAAAACAGUUCAAUAAAAACACAAUACUCAUUUUAAUCUUCAAUGACAGAAUUAUACGAGCGACAUGAUGUCAUACCCGUUCAAGUAAACCGCAUAUCACAAAAGAUAUAGACAACAUUAUAAUGCUUGCAGCAUAGAAUUUUACAGUCAUAAUGAAUGAGCGCAUUUGCAUAAAAAAUGUCGAUUGUGAGCAGCCGCCAAAUGAGGGCGGUGGAGAUGCUCCUGCCACUAGUCCUAACGCAUCCAAUGCUACAACUCCCACAUCGACAAUGAAAGAGAAGCGCAACUGGUUCCAAUCACUAACAAGGCGAAAAAAAUCUUCAUCCCAGAUGUCAUUGGCUGAUAUACCAUCAACAUCUAGACACGUUCCACAAAUACAAAAUAACAACAAUGAACCUGAGCAAGUGACGUGCACACGGAAUAAUACAGCUGUGAAUGAUGCCAAUUCCAUGAAUGUUACUAGUGUUACCGGGAGGAAGCGCAAAGAGGGAAAGAAUGUUUUUCAAAGACUGCGAAAGAAAAUGGGCUUAAGAUUUUCUUCUUUGCGAAAUCGACAGGAUGAAAGUGGUAAAUCUGAUUGUGGUGUCGCCUGUGCUUCAGGCACAAUAAACGCUACCGAUGAAUUCUCAACUCAUUCACCUAUUCAUGAACCACAGCAACGUGCGCUUUAUACAAAUGUUGAAGAGGAAGAAAUUAUACCAUUUACUAUUGGUUAUAAACGAUUUAUUGCGAAGAAGUGGUUAGAAAAUGAAGAAAGCCCUAACCGUAUAAUGUAUACUGCAAGCUCACAAAUGUUAAGCCAAGUGUGGUACUGGGGCGAGAUAUCACGACUAGAUGCACAAAAACAGUUGAGUGACAAACCCACCGGUUCAUUUCUGGUACGCGACUCGGAGACACGUGGUUGUCAGUUUACGCUUAGCUUUCGCAUUGUGAACGUGACCUUUCACUAUCGUUUAGAGUAUCAUGAUGGUUAUUGGCACUUUGAGGAACUACAAUAUGAAUCCAUAGUAGAAAUGAUAGACGAUAUAUUGUAUCGUUGUACUAAUGACAAUUUUGUAUGCUUCGUGAAAGUUCAAAAUGAGUUGCAACCACCUUGCCCGGUUAUACUGAAGUAUCCACUAAGUCGUUAUUUCAAAAUGCCACAAUUGCAAGACUUGUGUCGACGCGUAAUACAACAACAUGUUGCAGCGGAAGAAAUCGCAAAGCUGCCGAUUCCACCAAAACUUCAUGAUUAUUUAAGUGUUAGACGAGAGUUAGUCUUUCAUAGUUAAUCACAAACUCACUAAUUUAUAUGAAGAAAGUAUAGAAUAGCAUUUUUGUUGAACAUGCAAAUUAUUCUACACUAAGUUAAUGGUUCAAUUAUUCAUUUAAAUUAUUUUAAGAAAUGUUAAGAAUGUUAACUAAUAAUUUAGUUCAGACCUAUUAGUAAUAUAUAUUAAGAAUAUGUAAAAGCCAAAGUAAGGAUAUACAUAUACAAAAAAAAUUCUUUUUUAUAUUAGAUAAAUUUAACAAAACAUUUAUGUUCGCUAUUAGAUUUAUAGAAACUUGCACGUAUAAUAAGUAUAAAUAAUGUGCCAAUGUAUAUAUAAACCAAUCAGUUUCCAUUUAGUAUAGCUCAAUUUAAUAUGUAAAAUAAACAUAUGAAAUAAUUUAGUAAACUUAUUUCACAACCCAAGACCAAAGAUAAUACUUUCGUCACUGUUGAACAAUAAAAUUAAAAAAAUUGAUAUGUAUAACUUAAAAUGCAAGCACAUAUAUUGAAUAUGCAAUUAAACAGUGAAACUGCAAAGUUAAAUGGUCACAAAUCCAUUUUACUAUACUAUCUAUAAGAUAUGCGCAUAUUGCUUAAAUACAAAGCGCCGUAAUUAAGCUUUAUCUCAUAAUGCAAUUAUUUAUUAUCUAAUGUCGGAUAAUAAUAAAAUAGAUGUAAGUUCAACCUCUAAUCACAUAUUAAAAAAAAAAACCUACUGACUAUAGAGGGAACCAAGCGCAAUAUAAUGCAAACGAUACGCACAAAUGGUAUUAAUGUAUUUAAAAAUAAAUUCACUUUUAUAUUAACCAUAAACGUAUGCUUAAGAAUAUAUACGAGGUGUGUUCAAAAAUUAAA